UCAAGAUACAGCAAAAUCCAUUACAAAGAAAGAAACAUUUCCAAAAGGCAGUUAUAGUGAUAAUAAUGGGAAAGCUCUUGGUGAUAGUGCUAGUUUGUAUUUUCAUGGCUUUCCAUAGCUUGGAAGCUCUUGAUUACGGAGAUGCACUAAACAAGUCCAUUUUGUUCUUUGAAGGUCAACGAUCCGGUAAACUCCCGGUGAGCCAACGUGUUACAUGGCGAGCCGAUUCUGCCCUCUCCGACGGUCAACCGGAUAAUGUGAAUUUGAUUGGAGGGUACUACGAUGCCGGUGACAAUGUAAAAUUUGUGUGGCCAAUGUCAUUUACCACAACCUUAUUAAGUUGGGCCGCUAUUGAGUACCAAAAUGCGAUUUCAUCCGUAAAUCAACUCGGUUAUCUUCGGUCUUCUAUCAAAUGGGGAACCGAUUUUAUCCUUCGUGCUCAUACUUCUCCCACCACGCUAUACACACAGGUAGGAGAUGGGAACUCAGAUCAUAGUUGUUGGGAGAGGCCAGAAGAUAUGGAUACCCCAAGAACUCUCUACAAGAUAGAUUCUUCUUCCUCUGGUUCUGAAGCAGCCGGUGAAGCCGCAGCCGCACUUGCCUCUGCCGCUCUUGUUUUCAAACCGGUCGACUCUAAUUAUUCAACCAUUCUACUAAACCAUGCAAAAUCCCUAUUUGAAUUUGCUGAUCGGUACAGGGGUUCUUAUCAAGCAUCUUGCCCUUUCUACUGCUCAUACUCAGGCUACAAGGAUGAGUUAUUAUGGGCUGCAGCUUGGCUAUACAAGGCAACGGGAGAAAGUAAAUACAUAAGCUAUGUCAUAAGCAACCGAGAGUGGAGCCAAGCCGUGAAUGAAUUCAGCUGGGACAAUAAAUUCGCCGGAGCUCAGGCUUUACUCGCAUCGGAAUUUUACAAGGGGAAAAAUGACUUGGGAGAAUUUAAGAAUGAUGUUGAGUCAUUUGCCUGUGCAUUGAUGCCAGGAAGUAGCUCUCAACAAAUUAAACCAACUCCUGGUGGCCUUUUGUUUACUAGAGACAGUAGCAACUUACAAUAUGUAACAGCUGCAGUAACGGUUUUGUUCCACUACUCAAAAACUCUAACUCAAGCCCAAGUCGGUUCAAUCCAGUGCGGGUCAACCAAGUUUACGGUAUCUCAAAUUCAAAAUUUCUCUAAAUCACAGGUGGAUUAUAUCCUUGGAAACAACCCAAUGAAAAUGUCUUACAUGGUCGGAUUUGGGAACAAGUAUCCAACACAGCUUCAUCAUAGAGGCUCAUCUUUACCGUCGAUCAAAUCUAAACCGGAGAAAAUCGGCUGCAAUGGAGGAUUUUCAUAUUACAAUUCUGAUCAACCAAACCCGAAUGUCCAUACCGGGGCAAUUGUGGGCGGACCGAAUUCAGCGGACCAGUUUAGCGACAAAAGAUCAGAUUACUCCCAUGCAGAGCCCACAACUUACAUCAACGCCGCCUUUAUUGGACCUGUAGCUGCUCUGAUUGGCCUGAAUUCUAACUAGAGCACCGGAAUCAAUUCUACCAGCUACAACUCAAUAUUAUAGUUAGUUGUGCACAAACCAAAAGUUAGCAAAUAAUAUUAUUAUUUAUACAUCAACACUAUUCUUCCAAAAAUAAAUAAUACAUCAACAACUAUUACUACAAA